AUGGCAGCAGUGGCUAGCUCCAAGGGGCGGGUGAUCGCUGGGAGCCUCGUCGCGCGCGUCCUCGCCGGCAAGGCCAACGCCUCCCCGAGGAGGGCGGUGCACGCGUCGGCCUACGACAAGAACGUGGACGAGCAGGUGCGCCCGGCCUUCGUGCCGGACGAUGUGAUCGGCGGCGCCGGGAGCCCAGACAAGUACUGGGGCCCUCACCCGACCACCGGCGUCUUCGGCCCCGCCGCGGUCGACCCCAAGCUGGCCGCCAGCCUCGCGCCGGCGAGCGCCGCUGCGAAUGGUGGCGCCUCCGUGCUGGACCAGAAGGUGUGGUUCCGCCCGCUCGAGGACGUCGAGAAGCCCCCCGUCGCCUGA